AUGGAAAACUAUCAAGAGGAUGAAAUUUACUUUAAGAUAAGAAUGGUUAGUGAUAAACUUAAAAUAAAUCCCAAAAUAAAAGCAGUUGAUUCUAAAAAGUUACAGUUGAAAGAAAUUCCAGCGGCAAUCCAUGAAAAUGUCGAAUGUUUAGAUAUUUCAGAUAAUCUAAUAAAGAACGUAGUAACAGACAAGUUCAAGAAUAUACUAAUACUUGAUUUGGGAUACAAUUUGUUACAGAAUCAUGAUGACAUUAAAAAUAAAUCAUUGAAAGAGCUUUAUCUCAUGGCAAAUGAUAUUUUAUCAAUUUCUGAGAGUAUUGCAUUUCAUACGAGAUUAGAAAAAUUUGAUAUUGCUGCUAAUAGAAUAACAGACAUUAAAAAUCUUUCAUUGAUAUCUAAAAACAUUAAAGAAAUUUACUUGGGAGCUAAUAAGAUAACCGAUUUUAAUAUUGAUCUUAGUGAGUAUGAAAAUUUACACACUUUAGAUUUGCAGUACAACAAACUAAAAACAAUUGAUUUUAAUUUACUUCCAAUCAACCUUAAACAAUUGUUAAUAAACAACAAUAAAGAUUUAGUUGAAAUUAAGAACAGAGAGAAUUUAAAGUCUUUAGAAUUAUUUGAUAGUUCUAAUACUAAAUUAGAGCAUCCUGAGAAAUUUUAA